ACAUAUAUGCACCAUUUGGUUAAAAACUAAUUAGAAGAAACCAAAAUGGGAAGUGUUACAAAUUAUAAUCCUCGCUGCGUUAUCUUACUUUUAUUCACUGUCCUAGCCGCGACUGCAACCAAACACAGGAACAAUUUCCUCCCAAGGCCUCGGCUCGGGUAUUACGGUAGUUCAUGCUGGAAUGUAGAAUCGAUAGUGCGGUCUGUGGUGCAGUCUAACUAUUUUGCUAAUCCAGCCAAUGCUCCGGGGGUUUUGCGUAUGCACUUUCACGAUUGUUUCGUCCAAGGCUGUGACGCCUCCAUUCUCCUUGCCGGACCUAACUCUGAGAGAACGGCGAUACCAAAUCUAUCGUUGAGAGGCUUUAAUGUCAUCGAAGAAGCUAAAACUCAGCUUGAGAUCGCUUGUCCUCGAACAGUCUCUUGUGCUGAUAUUCUCUCACUCGCUGCACGUGACUUCGUCGUUUUGGCUGGUGGACCAUGGUGGCCAGUUCCAUUGGGACGACUCGAUGGUAAGGUUUCGCUAGCCUCGAAUGUCAAUUUGCCCGGACCAACCGACUCCGUUGCCCUGCAGAGGCAAAUGUUCUCGGCUAAAAAUCUUAAUACGCAAGACCUCGUUGUCCUUGUUGCUGGACACACGAUAGGAACGGCCGGGUGUGGUGUGUUUAGGAACAGGUUCUUCAACUACAAGAACACAGGAAGUCCGGACCCAACCAUCUCCCCCAGUUUCGUCCCUCAAAUCCAAUCUCAAUGUCCUCUCAACGGCGACCCUGCCACUCGUGUCGUACUAGACACAGGAAGUGGAGACCAGUUCGAUACGUCGUAUCUUAACAACUUGAGGAAUGGUCGAGGAGUCCUCGAGUCCGAUCAGGUCCUAUGGACUGAUCCCCAGACCCGACCCAUCGUGGAACAGCUUUUAGGACUAAGGUUUCCAUUUCUGUGGUUCGGACAGGAGUUCGGGAGGUCAAUGACCAAAAUGAGUCAGAUUGAGAUCAAGACGGGUUUGGAUGGGGAGAUUCGUAGGGUUUGUUCUGCCGUUAACUCAUAAAGAAAAAAAUAGUUAACCAUUAUGAUAUGAUAUAAAGUAUGAAUAAAAAUGGAGGUCAUAAAUCCCAAGUGUUUAGUUACGUCAAUGUAAGUGUGAUACAAAAAACAUUUCUUAACUUAAGAUUUUCUUAAGAAC